AUGGGAACUCAGAGUUAUCGUAGCUACAUACACGCAGUAGAAACACACGGUCUAGAGGCUGCUCUGCGGAGGGCAAGGCAAGAAGUUGCAAGUCACAGUGAUUAUCCAAAGGUCGCUUAUUUAUUUUUAGACUCGGAUGGCCACUCACAAGACACUGUGUGGCAAGACUUCUUCGAGCACGCCGAUGAAGAUAAGUACAAUAUAUACGUUCACAGAUCCUACCCCACCCCAGAGGGCGGUAAGAAUUUCCUGCAAAAGUUCUCAUCAUAUCACGAGACACCUAUCAUCUCGUCAGCUUGGUGUGCUUUGAUGGGCGUACAGUACGCACUACUGGCGGCUGCUCUUCGAGACCCCACAAAUCAGCAGUUCGUAUUCAUCUCGCAUAAUACCGUGCCGUUCAAGAACUUCGAUUUUAUAUACGAUGAUCUGAUAGGCAACUCUAUGUGCACUUCCAAGUUCUGCUUCGCUAGUAUGAUGGGCAGUGUGUACAAUGACUGUCACUUCUUUGACACCCACCGAGCUCAACGAGCCGAUACGCUUAAACACCACCAGUGGAUUAUACUCAGCAGAGAGCAUUCACAAACCGUUCUCUAUGAACAAGGUAGACAAUCAUUGAACUACUACGAUUCUCUACGUGCCUUGAAGGACGGCGUGUACAAUGACCCUCAGAUGUGUAGUGACGAAACUGUUCCCUCGUUAGCUCUUAUCCUCAAGGCUAAGGCUGAGAAGAAGAUUGUGAGGGACGUCCCGGCCAAUGUGUUUAAUGGUCUCAGCAGUAUUGGGGUAGAGGAGAGGUGUACCACCUUCGCCUAUUGGGCCCGAUGCCUACAACGCACGCCAUUCGAUCUGGGUGAGAAGUUCGAGGCUCGUCAAGGUGAAUUAUGGCAUCCACUAAGUAUGUCUGGUAUACCUGAAGACUAUCUAAUCAUGCUGGUCAACGAGCCAUCCCUGCUCUUCGGCAGAAAAUUCAACGAAGGCGCAUUUGUUACUACGAACAACGGUUCCACUAUAAAUGUUGCUGAUAUUCUGCCGAAGAUUAUUCAUUCAGGCGCCACAUUUAGCGCCAAAGCCUUAGAAGAAAGGCCAUUACCGCGACUUAACACCGCACUUGACGGAUCAAAUCCAGUUGAAGGUAAGGGUACGUAAAUUCAUAUAAACAUAGCCAUACACGGCAUCGAAAUUAGUAAUAAAU